AGAUGGAGGAGAGAAGGUUGGUCACCACAGCAAGAGUCUGCUGCAUACUGCUACUAGUGAUGCUGUCGCCGGCCCUGGCCUGUCCACCGGACGGCAGCCGGUGCCAGAACUGCAUCGUUGACCGGUUCAAGCAAGGCUGCCCGCCAUGCGUGCCGAUUAUGCAAUGCAUGGCGCGAUGCCUGUGGGAUGGGAACUCGCGGGCAAAGUGCACCAAGAAGUGUGACUGCAACGAUGACUACCCAAAGCUCUCUGACUGCAAGAAGUGUUUGUCUCGCUGCAAAUGCAGCUGUGCCACUGCCUAGCUAAGCUGACAAGUUCUCUCUUCUAGGUAUGUGCUCCUUCAGUCAAAUCUCUCCGUUUCAUACAAACUUUUAAGUCCAUGUUCAAAGAACUAAAGUAUCCUGUACGUUGAACUUUAAUGUUUUUUUUUUUUUUUUUUCCAAUAAAGUUUCAAUUAGUGUGGCUUCUGUUUACAUGUGUUCUAUUUGGGCUUUAUCAGUAAGAGCAAAAUAACCAAAAUACCUUUCCAGGGGCAUCAACAUAGUGGUGUUAUGGAAUUUUUGCCCAACCGACUACCAAAUUUGGCAGCACAAUCCGAAAACAAUAUUUUCAUUAUUCUCGGGCUUAUUAUGCUUUGUUCCAAUGUCGAGAGAUCUUUUGUGUAAAACCUAAUCCCCUCACGGGGUUCUUUGAUUUGAAUCUAUGUUGGGUGCCCGGGUCCAUUUAUGCACGACACAUCACCCUUUCAUCCUUAAAUUUCAUGUGAUCCACGCCGCUUACACUCGAGAUGUCCGGUCUCUAUUUGAACCCGACUUCGGCUAGGCUGUCACUUGCCGAUCAUCGUUUUCAUUUGCCAUGUACGAUACACAAUUCAACACUCAAACCAUUUAUUUACCCAGAAAAAAGCAAACAUAUUGCAUAUACAUACAUGUGUGUGUGUGCGCGUGUGCAUAUAUAUAUAUAUAUAUAAAGUAUAAUUCAUGUAUGGCAAAAGAAAAAUCAUUGGUCGCGAAGGAACCUUUGGAGGCAGCGAAACCCCAAAUGCCCGGAGCAAAACCUCUCCAUUUCAAGCCCACCCCUCUCUCUACAAACAUCCUCCUCCAUCUUUGCCACGAUGUCGUCCACCCAAUUCCACCCAAACCCUAAUUCCCAAUCUUCAACCCUCUCCUGCGAAACGGCGUCCAAAAUCUCCUGCAGCCCCACGAUCCGACGGCUGACCUGCCUCCGCAGCUCCCUCACCGUCGGCGUCACGCCGGGCACCGAAUCCAGACGCAGCAGCAGCCCCAUCAGGGCCUCGUUCAUCCUGAUCCUCUCCCGUGGGUCCGCCCUGACUGCGUCGACCGUUUCCUGCCGUUGGAUCAGGCGCUCAAGGCGGCUGGCCUCCGAAUUGGCGGCGGCGAUCUUCUUCACGAGGUUUCGGACUAUGUAGGACCGGUAGGAAGACUGUAUUUUGACGGCGGCGGCGACGGCGGCGGCGGACGGCGGGGAAUCGGAUUCGAUGGAGAUUUGGGUGGUUUUGGCGUGAGGUUGAGUGGGCGAGUCGUCGUUUUGGUAGGUGUAGGUGACGGUGGUGGCGGACGACGAGAAGAAGCGAGGUUGGCGAGAGGCUUUCAUGGCCGGCGGAGAGUAGACAGACGAGAAACGGAUAGAGAUGCAGGAAGGAAAGCGACAGUGGAAGAAGAAGACUGGUGUCCAGAGAGAGCCAACUGACUUUAAGGGCACGUUUGGCACUGUUUAAAACACUUUUUGUAAUCACUGUUUUAAUAACUUGGUGCCUUAUUGUGUUAAGCAAAUAACACGUAUUUAGUUGAUA